UGUCACUUCAUUAUCCCCUUGCGAUAUGACAACAGCAUAAAAAGUCCGGUGUCGUAAAAAAUCAUGCAUUAUUUUCCACGAUUUUUGUAAAGUUUUUAAACAAUCGGGCAGAUAGUUUGGUUUCUAGUCUAUCACUAUUCACAAAACAACAAAAUGAACAGCUUUCAAAGCAGACUGCAACGUUACACAAACAGGAAAUUCUUCCGGUACGGAGUGCCCUUCCUGCUGCUGAUGGUCGGCGGUUCCUUCGGUUUGAAGCAGUUUGCCCAGCUCAGGUACACCUUCUCGAAAAAGGGCACGCUCACGCCGGAGGAGGCGCAACGGUUCGGGCUGGACAUGAAAAAGCCCGAGGACGUCACGCUGGAGACGGAGUUCGAGAAAAUCAAGACCAUCGACAUCGACAACUGGCAGCCGGUGCGGGGACCGCGCCCGUGGGAGGACGAAACGCUGGCGCCGGUGGGCGCGAAGCCGGCCGGUCAUUAGCGAGGGGGGGAGUUUCUUUUACGUUUCAAGCGUGUUGGCGGUUUAGGCAUGCGUUCAUUUAUUUUCCAGCAAAAUAAGUGAAUUCUACUCUACUUGUUGUAUAUAUUAGCAGUGCGCGCUCGCGAACAAUACAAAUUGUUUUGUUUUUGUCUUUGA